AUGGGGGGCAGCAGGCAUAGUCGUUUAGACCUGGCGGGGGGGGAUCCGCGGCUGGGGUUAUCCGCGCCGAGGCGGGCAGCGGGGGAAGAAGCGGAGGCGGGGCGAGGCGGGGCAAAUGCCGUGGCGGGGGAUGGCGGAAGUUUCGGCGGGCUCGGAGUGUUCCGCUCCCCGUCUAGCAAGGGAUUGGCGUCAGGCGCGCUAGGCGCGGCAGCGGAUGCGGCAGCGGCAACGGCAGCAGCAGCGACAACGGCAGCGGCAGCCGCAGCAGAGCAGGCCCCAACCGCAGACGCAGCAGCUGCCAUGACCGGCGCCUCCGCCGCAAGUGCCGCAGCCGCAGCCGUAGCCAAUGGCGUGGCGACAAAUGGCACUCCAGCAUCGGCGAACGGCGCGCCUCUCUCUCCGCCUCCCCCGCCGUCCGUGGUCCACCCGACCCCGGAGGAAAUGGGCCGCCUGUGCGCUCCGCCUGGCGCGGCGGAAGCCGCCAGCCCGACCUCCGGCAGGCAGCCGGGCGGGGGAGCUGGCGGAAAGGGUGCGGGGAAGAGGGGUUUGGGAGGAGCGUCGAGCGGGCGGGGGGGAGGCGGAGGGGGAACGAGGGCGGGCGCGCAUGGGGGAGGCGGGAGGGAGAAUGGGAUUGGGUCGGAUGAAAAUCAUUCUGAUGAUGGGGGGAGGUCGGAAGGGGAGGAUGAGCUGGUAGCGUCGUUGGAGCAUCUGACUGAUCCAGAAGAGAUUAAGCGAGUCAAGAGGAUGCUGUCCAAUCGCGAGUCGGCGCGGCGGUCGCGGCGGCGAAAGCAGGCGCACAUGGGGGAGAUGGAGACGCAGGUGACUCAGCUGCAGAUCGAGAACGCCAACCUGGCCAGCCGCCUCGGGGAGAUCGGGCGCAAAUACAGCGACGCCGCCGUCGACAACCGCGUGUUAAAAUCUGACGUGGAGGCGCUGCGAGCUAAGGUGAAAAUGGCUGAGGAGAUGUUAGGAAGGGUGAAUCACAUGGCACAGUAUAUGUAUCAUCAUCACCACCAGCCCAUGGCUUAUCGGCAUGAUCCUGCUGCUGCCGCUGCUGCGGCUGCGGCGGCUGCUGCGGCGGCGGCUGGUUCGAUGCCGUACGGCCCGUCUGCUGCUGAGAUUGCUUACUAUCAGCACCACGCGCAUAACUCCUCGGCUGCAGCGGCGGCAGCAGCUGCAGCGGCGGCCGCUGCGGCAGCAAGCGCUGGGGCCACUGCUGCCGCUGCUGCUGCGGCUGGGGAAGCGGCUGGUUCUGCUCCUGCCACCAGUGCUGGGACUGCUCCAGCUGCCGCGGCCGCUGCUGCUGCUGCUGCUGCUGCUGCUGCUGCAGGAGGAGCUGCAGGAACAGCGCAAUCUCAUGCGUCUUUGCAGUCUCUCCAGUCAUAUGCCUCUCACCACCAUGCAGCUGCGCUUUCAGCAGCAGCAGCACACCAUGGGGCAUAUUCACUCGAGGCUCUGCGUGCUGGGGGUGUGCACCUCCCUGGUUCGGGUAUUUCCCCUCAUAAUUAUGCUGCUGCAGCAGCGGCCGCGGCGGCAGCUGCAGCGGCGGGAGGAGGGCUGCACCCGAGCCUGGCUGCCAUGCCUGGAAUGCGUGGGGCAGCAGGGAUGGCCGGACUUGGGGCCGGUUCGGGGAUGGCAGAUCCAGCAGCCGCUGCUACAGCUGCUGCUGCGGUUGGGGGAGAGGGGGGAGCGGCAGGAGGGAUGAGAGAGGAGGCUGGGGGAGGGCAUUAUAGAAUGGAGAGGAGUGCAAGCAUGGAGAGGGCAGCAAGCGAAGAACAUGCACAGAAGAGGUUUAAAGCUGCAGAAUAG